UUAGCAUCUCCAAGUGCCAAAUCAGAUGGUGCAUUAUGCAGCUAAAGUCCCUCACGUGCCCUUUGCAUAAAACUAGUAAUUUUUUUCACAACCCUUGGGGAAUAAAGUAGCUGUAAUUAGGCAGCAGCAAAAGAAUCCACCCACCGCACUAAGUGAAAACAACUGCCUCAGACGGUGGAUUUCAUCUGAAACCAUCAAACUCCGGAGCUACCUCUUGGGAAUUUCUUGUUGUUGUUAAUAAUCCUACCUUGUGAUGAGCAACACAGUAUAAAUAUACCAGCAACUUCAGCCAUAUACUUCAUCCAAAGCAACUCCAAUUAUUCAUCUGUUUACUAAGUCUUCUUCCUUAUUAGUUUCUGUUCAAUUAAAAUCUUUGAAGAUGGCUAAGAGAAAUGUUAGUGCUAAUUAUCCUCUUGAGAGGACUAGCUUGCCUUCUCUGGAUCAGAGGUUGGCCAUAGCCAAGCGUUGUUCCCAUGAGGGUGUGAUGGCAGGAGCUAGGGCAGCUGUUGUUGCUAGUAUUGCCACUGCUAUUCCAACACUAACAAGUGUAAGGAUGUUACCCUGGGCAAGAGCCAACCUCAAUCACACUGCUCAAGCUCUCCUAAUUUCCACAGUGGCAGGAGCAGCAUAUUUCAUUGUAGCUGACAAGACUGUUUUGGCAACUGCAAGAAAGAACUCCUUCAAACCACCUUCUAAUGCAUGAAUUCCAAAAAGCUAACUUUGGAUGUUGGAUUAUGCAGCACCAAAUUGAACUAUCUUAGCUUUAACCCAAUUUCGUGAACUCAGCACAUAUGUAUUGAUAAAUAAGGAUUUACAUUCCAAUAGUGAAAGAGCUCAUAUGUACCGAUCACCAUUAAUUAUAUGAAUGUAAGUCAUUCACUUUUCUUUC